AUGGUUCAUUCGGAAAUAGCCUUAGCUCAUUCCGGAUAUUUUCGUCGACAAUAUUCGACGGAAAUGAAGACACAAAACCGACCUGUAACAUUAAAUAUUACCCAUCUUACGAAUUAUGAUGCUAAUGCUGUUCGCCGGGUGGUCCAUUUCUUUUAUACUGGCAUUUUACCAUGCUCAUUAGCUGAAAUUCCGGAACUUUUAGCUUUAUGCUAUAAACUUCAGGUACCAUCAAUGAGAUCAAUAAUUGAAAAAUUUAUCAUUCAAAAAGCAGCUGAACAUGACUGUUUAUUGGACUGUUGGAAUAUUACUUGUCAUCGACAAUCUGAUUUGUCACUUCGAGUAAAAGAUUUCGUACUCAGUUAUGUGAUUCGAUCUCUGGAAGAGGCAGUCUUGGAUUUACGUUUUGCACAGUUGGAUCAAGGAGCUGUGGAAGAGUUAUUGAAACGUGAUAAUUUACCGGUUCGUUCGGAAUGUGAUGUGUUACGUAUCGCUUUGAUGUAUUAUUUUCGUCGUGAGGGAUAUGUGAAUAUGCAAAGUUUGCUAAAUGUUGUUCGAUAUAAUUGCGGUAAUGAAGCACUCAUCCGGAUGCGUCAAGAUAUUCUGUGUGUAAAUGAUGAAGAGUUGCGCUUUUGUUUCGAACAAAAUUGCGCUUAUGGAUUGUGGCAGACUCAACGUCAUCUAUAUGAUCAAAAUAUAUGGCCUAUAAUCGAAGUACAAUCACCGCGUGGUAAUCCGAAUGCUGACUGUGAUUGGAUUAACGCGCAAUUUUACAAUUUGCUUCAACCUAUCGCUGAACCUUUUCGAUAG